UAUCGAUUAAAAGUUCUAUAAAAGGAACCCUAAUCUUCCUUUUUCUCAUAUCCCAAUUGUUAAUCGAAUAGGAACAAAGCGCUGUGCUUUUCGCCUCUUUCUCUUCGCUCAAGAUGCAGAUCUUCGUUAAAACUCUCACCGGCAAGACGAUUACCCUUGAGGUAGAGUCGUCUGAUACCAUUGACAACGUAAAAGCCAAGAUCCAGGACAAGGAGGGGAUCCCGCCGGAUCAGCAAAGGUUGAUCUUCGCCGGCAAGCAGCUCGAGGACGGCCGCACCCUUGCCGACUACAACAUCCAGAAAGAGUCCACCCUCCACCUCGUUCUGCGUCUCCGUGGAGGCAUGCAGAUCUUCGUUAAAACUCUCACCGGAAAGACGAUCACCCUUGAGGUCGAGUCUUCUGAUACUAUCGACAACGUGAAGGCCAAGAUCCAGGACAAGGAGGGGAUCCCGCCGGAUCAGCAAAGGUUGAUCUUUGCCGGCAAGCAGCUCGAGGACGGCCGCACUCUUGCCGACUACAACAUCCAGAAAGAGUCCACCCUCCACCUCGUGCUUCGUCUCCGUGGUGGCAUGCAGAUCUUUGUCAAGACCCUUACCGGCAAGACUAUCACCCUUGAGGUCGAGUCUUCCGAUACCAUCGACAACGUCAAGGCCAAGAUCCAGGACAAGGAGGGGAUCCCUCCGGACCAGCAAAGGUUGAUCUUCGCCGGUAAGCAGCUCGAGGACGGCCGCACCUUGGCCGAUUACAACAUCCAGAAGGAGUCUACCCUCCACCUUGUUCUCCGUCUCCGUGGUGGCAUGCAGAUCUUUGUUAAAACCUUGACCGGCAAGACUAUCACCCUCGAGGUGGAGAGUUCCGACACCAUUGACAAUGUCAAAGCUAAGAUUCAGGACAAGGAGGGGAUCCCCCCAGACCAGCAAAGGUUGAUUUUUGCCGGUAAGCAGCUGGAGGACGGCCGCACCUUGGCCGAUUACAACAUCCAGAAGGAAUCUACCCUCCACCUCGUGCUCCGUCUCCGUGGUGGCAUGCAGAUCUUUGUCAAAACCCUUACUGGCAAGACCAUCACCCUCGAGGUGGAGAGCUCCGACACCAUCGACAAUGUCAAAGCUAAGAUCCAGGAUAAGGAAGGGAUCCCCCCUGACCAGCAAAGGUUGAUCUUUGCCGGCAAGCAGCUGGAGGACGGCCGCACCCUCGCCGACUACAACAUCCAGAAGGAGUCCACCCUUCACCUUGUACUGAGGCUCAGGGGAGGCAUGCAAAUCUUUGUGAAGACCCUCACCGGCAAGACCAUUACUUUGGAGGUCGAGAGCUCCGACACCAUCGAUAACGUGAAGGCAAAGAUCCAGGAUAAGGAAGGCAUCCCCCCGGACCAGCAGAGGCUCAUCUUUGCCGGCAAGCAGCUGGAGGACGGCCGCACCCUGGCCGACUACAAUAUCCAAAAGGAGUCUACCCUUCAUCUGGUUCUCCGCCUUCGAGGUGGUAUGCAGAUCUUCGUUAAAACUCUCACCGGCAAGACGAUCACCCUUGAGGUCGAGUCGUCUGACACCAUUGACAACGUAAAGGCCAAGAUCCAGGACAAGGAGGGGAUCCCGCCGGAUCAGCAAAGGUUGAUCUUCGCUGGCAAGCAGCUCGAGGACGGCCGCACCCUUGCCGACUACAACAUCCAGAAAGAGUCCACCCUCCACCUCGUGCUGCGUCUCCGUGGUGGCAUGCAGAUCUUUGUCAAGACCCUUACCGGCAAGACUAUCACCCUUGAGGUCGAGUCUUCCGAUACCAUCGACAACGUGAAGGCUAAGAUCCAGGACAAGGAGGGGAUCCCCCCGGACCAGCAAAGGUUGAUCUUUGCCGGUAAGCAACUCGAGGACGGCCGCACCUUGGCCGAUUACAACAUCCAGAAGGAAUCUACCCUCCACCUCGUGCUCCGUCUCCGUGGUGGCAUGCAGAUCUUUGUUAAAACCUUGACCGGCAAGACCAUCACCCUCGAGGUGGAGAGCUCCGACACCAUUGACAACGUCAAAGCGAAGAUCCAGGACAAGGAGGGGAUCCCCCCGGACCAGCAAAGGUUGAUUUUUGCCGGUAAGCAGCUCGAGGACGGCCGCACCUUGGCCGAUUACAACAUCCAGAAGGAGUCGACCCUCCAUCUUGUUCUCCGUCUUCGCGGUGGCAUGCAGAUCUUUGUCAAAACCCUUACUGGCAAGACCAUCACCCUCGAGGUGGAGAGCUCCGACACCAUCGACAACGUCAAAGCUAAGAUCCAGGAUAAGGAAGGGAUCCCCCCUGACCAGCAAAGGUUGAUCUUUGCCGGCAAGCAGCUGGAGGACGGCCGCACCCUGGCCGACUACAACAUCCAGAAGGAGUCCACCCUUCACCUUGUGCUGAGGCUGAGGGGAGGCAUGCAAAUCUUUGUGAAGACCCUCACCGGCAAGACCAUUACUUUGGAGGUCGAGAGCUCCGACACCAUCGAUAACGUGAAGGCAAAGAUCCAGGAUAAGGAAGGCAUCCCCCCGGACCAGCAGAGGCUUAUCUUUGCCGGCAAGCAGCUGGAGGACGGCCGCACCCUGGCCGACUACAAUAUCCAAAAGGAGUCUACCCUUCACCUGGUUCUCCGCCUUCGUGGUGGUCAGUAAUAUAUGAUCCUUUGCUUGCGUUGGUCGUCUCCAUUAUAGUCCCAAGUCUGUUGAAACCUUAAGUUUACAUUGCCGUUUGUCUGUGUCUUGUGUUGCUGCAUUUAUUUUCAGUUUGCGUCUGGUUGGUACUCUUAAUUGUCCUUCUUAAUAAAUGUGUUUACUGUGCCCCCAGAA